AUGGCAGCGCUGGUGGUCCCUGCGGUGGUUCCUGCGCAGAGCCUCACUGGACGUGACGCCGCGAAAAGGGCGUGUCAGGUCUUUUGCGAAGGGGAUUUGCUGGAUGCAGUCCAGCGGCAAAGGAUUUUUGCCGAUGGCAAGACCUUCGUGGAUCGGCCGCUCCGUGCUGACCCCGAGGACGUCUUGAAGGCUUUCCAAAGGCUUUCGAAUCGCAGCGAUGCCCAGGCCUUAAAGGACUUCGUGGAACUCCACUUUGAGGUCGAAGGACAUGAGUUGGAAGCCUUUGCCCCCUCCGACUUUUCGCCCGAGCCGCCCAUCUUAGGGAAGAUUCAGAAUGAGGAGCUGAAAUCCUGGGCUGUGGGCCUUCACGAACUGUGGAAGGACCUCUGCCGUCGCCAGACCUCAGCCGUGCGGCGCUUGCCGCAGCGCUACAGCGCGCUGCCGCAGCGGCAUCCCGUGGUGAUCCCCGGCGGGCGCUUUCGCGAGACCUACUACUGGGACACCUACUGGAUAGUGCGCGGCCUGCUGCUGAGUGGCAUGAACAAGACUGCACGAGGAGUGGUGGAGAAUCUCUUGGACUACGUCCGCGAGUUCGGCUUCGUCCCCAACGGUGGCAGGGUCUACUACCUGGACCGAUCUCAACCUCCAAUGCUCAUGGAGAUGGUGAACGCCAUCCACGAAGCGCAUCCGGAUGAGAAAUGGCUACAGGAGGUGCUGCCGGUCAUCGAAAAGGAGUAUGUCUUCUGGAUGAAUUCCACCUUGGGACAUUUUUUGCCAUCGCUCCAGCUGAAUGUCUACUUCUCGAAUGCUCAAAGUCCCCGUCCCGAAUCCUACUUUGAGGAUCUGGCAACGGCAAAGGCGGCGAAAAGACCGAAGGCGGAGGUCUAUCGUAGCAUCAGAUCGGGUGCCGAGAGCGGCUGGGAUUUUUCGAGUCGCUGGUUGGGCGACGGAAAAAAUCUCAGCACGAUCCAAGCAGAGAAGGUGGUGCCAGUAGAUCUCAACUGCGUUCUCCUCCGCAUGGAGCGUCUCCUCAGUCGUCAUCUCCUGCCGCGGACGCCAAGCGCCGCGGCGCGCUAUGCGACGGCAGCGGAGCAAAGGACCAAGGCGAUGCAGCGUCUUCUAUGGUCUGAGGAACUGAAGAGUUUCCGUGACUUUCGUUUGGACACCCUGAAGCAUUCGGAGAUCGUGUCCAUCUCCGACUUUGCAGCACCAUUGUGGGCAGGACUUCCAGAGGCUGAUCAGGGCCCUGGCUUGCUGCAGCAAUUGGAGCACAGUGGGCUCUUGCAGGUGGGUGGCGCCAGCACCACCACGCGGAAGUCUGAUCAGCAGUGGGACGCACCGAACGCCUGGGCGCCAUUGCAGCUGAUGUUGAUUGAGGGACUGGAAGAUUUGGCAAGCAAAGUACCAGAUGCCAUGGGCUUGGCUGAAGACUUGUCUCAGAAGUGGUUGAGGAAUUGCUUCGAGGCUUGGCAAAAGCACAAGGCCAUGUUCGAAAAGUACGACGCCUUUCGUGUUGGCGAGGGCGGUGGGGGUGGCGAGUACACUCCACAGACCGGCUUCGGAUGGAGCAACGGUGUGGCCAUGGUACUGUUGGCGAAGAACGGCAACCGUUCAGCGUUGCCCUGCGCUGCUUCGUGGGCAAUGGCAACAUCAAACCAGAGGAGCUGUGUGAUGAGCUGUUGGGACUUCCGCGUUGCGCUGGCUCAAGCAUCGUUGCCAAUGAAGCUGCUGCGGGUGCUCCUGUGCCUGGUGCGCCUGGCAAUGCCUGAGGAGGCUUCCAAGGAGGGAUUGUGCGCGUCUGGAGCUUGUGAUUUGCCGCAGGCUGCCGAUGAAUUUGCCGCCCUCCAAGUGAAGAAAGAGGCCGAAAGUCAAGCUGAUCCCAAGAAGGUGAGAGAGAGCACAACAGCUGCCUUUCAGCAGAGAAUGGAACUGCUGUCUUGGUGUUCUGCCAAGCCUGGAUGUGUCGAUGUGGAGACAUUUCGAGUGGAAAAAGAAAUUGAAAGCUACGUGUGUCCAGCCUUCGAAAACUUACCCGGUCCCUGCCUGUUCGGACGCAAGGGCUUGAAGACGACCACAGGCGAUGAGCUGGCGACCUGCUGUGCGGUGUACCUGGAAAACCCGGAUGGUACCUAUAGCCUGGGGCUGCCACCCAAUCUUCAGCUUCCCAGCCCUCCAAGCUCCCCGCGGCAGAGGCUUCCCAGCUCACCCUUCCUGGCAGAAUUGGGAGGAAGCACAUUGCCUCCCUUGUCGCCUGCAGCCUUUCUGCAACAUGAGCGCCUGAUGACUGGUUUGCUGGUGCUGGAGUUGGUGGUGGAGAUUGCCUACCUGACCCUGCUGUGUCAUGCCUCCAGGCAUUCGAUUCAUGAGGUUGCAAUGGCCUAUGAGGCCCUGCCCUUAGAGUCACUCUGGAGCUUGUUUUGGGUGCAACUUUGCUUGCAGAUAGGCUACCUGAAGCUCUACUUCUGUGUUGGAUUUUCAGCGGUGAGCAAACACAAGCCGCGGAUCUAUGGUGCCGCAGCGCAGUUGAUCCAGAUCCAAGGGGGGACUGGCAAUUUCAUUUGGGUUGUGAUCACGGUUUUAGUGGUUUGUGGUAUCCUGGUGUUGAGUAACGUGGCUUUGGUUUGCAAAGUGAGUUUCAAAGACUCAUCUACUGGGACUGAUCGUGAAUUGCAGUUCAACGUCAAGGGCAAAUCCAAGGGCGUGUACGGGUAUGAAUACCUCAUUAGGACUCCAGAUGGGGAUAAGUACAUCGAAGAAUUGGAUGUCUCCAAUGUUGAUGCAUCGGAAUUUCAUGUGGGGCCGGAUGAUGGCAGUCUUCCUGCUGCCAUUAUAGGGGUUGCUGUUUAUGGCUUCCGGCCUAUGACGGUGGCUGAGCUCAAUGCCAUUCUUGCAGCUGGCAGAGUGGAAGCUGCAAAUGAGAGGAGACGCCGUGGGAUUGCUGGGGCGGUGGAUGUUGCCGCACCACAGCAACUGGUUUGGGUCCUUGCGGAAUGGAUUUCUGGUAAGAAGAUCGGUGAACAAGUUAAUCCCCCGGUUGGUUUCGUCAGAGAUGGUGUCUAUGGGCUCAUGCAAAUGGAGGAUGUAGAUGGUAUCACUCGUCCGGUUCUCAUUCACCAGUGCCGAGUUGAUGAGGUUGCUGGUUUUUGUGCUAAGCGUAUUGAGUCUGCCCGUAAGAGUGAAGCACUGGAAGGAGAUGAUUUGUAUGCUAGUGAGGAUGUUCGUACACUGGAGGUGAGAUUCGGUGUAAAUGGGGACCGUCAUCGACCAUUUCGCGAAACCAUUUUGGAGAUGCAGCAGGUAGAGUUCGAUGACUUUUCUCUUGAACCACGUACCACGUUAGCAUACUUGAAAGCGGUUGCGCAUGUUUCAGAAUCGGCAUUUGGACAACAUUUGAGUUGGGUGCAGCAAUCGAAGAUUCCCGAUGGUGACAGAGCCAUCCAUGAGGAUGAGGUGAUUGCUCGGGCCAUUGACCUUGCUGUGUCCUAUGAUGCCUUAAACAUUAGCAAUUUAGCCUCUUUCGAGCUGCUCAUUCGUAGGCGACAACUUUUGGCUGAUGCACAUACAUACAACCCCAGUGCUCCAUCAUAUGAAGGAUCGGACCAUUUCAUGGGGACUACCUACCGCCCAGGUGGAGCAAUAGUGGUGCCUGAGUUGAUGAAGCACGUGUCGGAGCGAAUGCAUCAGGAGUCACAGGUCAUGAAGGAGCGCCGGAAGCAAGCAGAGCUGAAAGGCAAAGGCCGAGGUGGAGGACCAAAACAACCUUUCAACUCCCCUAAGCCCGAGCCAAAGGGACAACGAGAGUGCAUCCGCAGUGUUGUGCAGAAAGUCACUGUUUUUGGUGCGCCUCCUCUUUCAGCAAGCCGUCAGGGAGCCCUUAAGGCGCUCCGGACAACCAGCGGAGGGUACACAGAGCCUGAAGCUGGUGUGGGAGAUGUUGUUGAUUUAGAUCUCGGUAGUUUGUCACUUCCUACUGGACAGGUAGCAGGGGUUUCGUUGGUUGAGUCUUUGGAUGGGGUACUUGGUAAUAUGGUCAAAGACUUCGAGCAGUGGAUGCUACAAGAUGCUGACGUUUGGUCCUCUAUUUGUGAUGAUGCCUACAAAAUUAAGCCCUACAAUGACCCAUCUCUGUCCAAUCGCGAUAAAUAUAUAGCCUUUUUGCAGCAUCUCCAUGGGUGCGGUAUUUUGGGUACUACUAGUUGCUGCCGUGGCAGAGUGGGGGCCUUUUGCGUUUCCAAAAAACCCAAAGUUGUAGAUGGUAGGGUCAGGCAGCGGCAAAGGCUUAUUUUGGACUGUCGGCAAGUUAACUUGCAGUUUCGAGAGCCGCCACAUUGUGAGCUAGGUGCUCUUUCGGCUGUGGGAGAACUGGUCCUUGAAGAUAACCAGAUCCUGUAUGCCAGUGGUUCCGAUAUCCAGGACUGUUUCUAUGCGGCGCGUAUUUCGGAUGAGCUCUCCAACUUCUUUUGUCUGCUUUCUGAUCUUAGUCCUCAAGAGGCUCAACUGAUCUUUGGCCCUUCCUCCAGCUUUGGUAGCACAUCACGUAUAUCACCAUGCAUUACGGUUCUUCCCAUGGGUUUCUCUUGGAGUUUCUACCUCAUUCAGAAGUUGCAUGAGCAGUCAGCGCUUCGUUCUCUUGAAGUAGAUCGCUCCAUGUUGAUCCUUGAUGGCUAUCCAGCACCUCGCUUGGCAGGAGAUCAGAUUGCGGCUAUGCCGUACUGCGACAAUGUGCACUCGUUGUCGUUGAGCAGGGAGGCGUGUCAAAAGGGGAAGGAUUUGAUGUGUGGUGACCUCCAAGAUUUGGGUUUUAGUUUGCAUGAGGAUGUUGAUGCUACUGAUUUUUUCCAAACCUUAGGAGGUAUUAUAGAUGGUAAAGCAGGUGUAGUUAAACCCACUCCCACAAGAGCGUGGAACAUCAUUCUGGCCUUUGAGAGCCUUCUGGACUCUCCUGUGGACUGGGUGGUGCUUCGGCAAUUGCUUGGACACGCCAUGACUAUUUGCACAUUGAAUCGACUUGGCAUGAGCGUUUUUAGAGCAUUGUACGACUUUGUUGAGGCAGCCCCCAAACCCCGAAUGCUGAAUGGCAAAGAGAGACAGGAGGUCCUCAAUUUUGUUGGAUUGGUGCCAUUGCUUGUUGGGGAGUUGAGAAGACCAUGGAGUACCACUAUCACUUGCACUGAUGCUAGCCCCCAAGGUUUUGGAGUGUGUCAGCGUAGCCUAGACAAAGACCAAGUGCACAAUCUCGGCAUGUGGCAGGACCGUUGGAGAUUUCGUCAUUUGGACCCCUCCGAGUGGCAGCCCAGGAUGCGAUCUCAAGGACUGGAUCCCUUGAGGGAUCAUGGGACCGCUUGUGCAGUUGCUCGGGAGGAGACAGUUGAUGAUUUGUAUUCAUACAACAAUUAUUUUCCAGAGGUUUCUGCUGAUGUAACUGAGCCGCAGCACUGGCGUACAAAGAUGAUGGGCAAAUGGGGCAACUCCAGCGAACACAUCACUCAAAAAGAGGGUAGGGCAUUGUUUCUGGCUAUCAAGAGACUAUGUCGUAGCUCGGGUAACCGUGGUUUUCGUCAUCUUAUCUUGGUUGACAGUUUUGCUCUAUGUAUGGCUAUGUGCAAGGGUCGAGCUAGCAAUUUCAAACUUCUCAGGGUGAUGCAACAGGUAUCUGCUCUUUGUUUGGCUGGUGGCUUUACGGUUCGAACUAGGUGGAUAGCGUCGGAGCGCAACGUGGCUGAUGGGCCUUCAAGGGGUCAUAUCAUCCCGGGUCCUUACAAGACCGCCGGGGGUCAAAGUGCUGACAAGGCCAAAGAGGCAGAGUUUGACCAGUCAUGUGCCUCAGCAGCUUCAAGCCUCGACCAGCAGGCGCCUUCUGGCUCCCAGGGGUCAAAGGGAUCCACCCAAAGUGUCAAUGAAGCGAAUGCCAGCAGUGGACAAGAGCUUGGUGAAGCCUGUUACUCAGAGAAGUUUGUGCAAGACCAGAGUGGUCACACCGGAAGCCGAGAGACUGGCAGUGAGCAGCAAGCUGACUGUUUUGGAGAGACGGUCGGUUUCGAAAGCAAUAGAGAACCAGUAUGCGGGAUACUACCAGAAGUACUUGAAUUUUUGCCUGGAGCACGGUUUGGAUCCUCCUCCAAGUUCCCAGACCGACGAUCACUUGGCAGAGUUCAUGGACAGCAUGUUUUUGGAGGGUCGCGGAGUCAACGAGGGGGAGAAAGUUUUGGCCGCCGUGGAGUUCCACCACUGCGUUCUGAAAGGCCGCAUGGCCAGAAGCAGAAAGGCACUUCGAGGUUGGCGAAAGGAGGUUCCACCCCAAAGCCGUAUCCCAAUUCCUAUGAUCAUUGCCUACGGCCUGGCCAUGGUUCUGUUGUCCAGGAAAAAGUUCAACAUGGCGUUGAAAGCAAUUCUGGAUUUCGAUACCUACAUGAGACCAGGAGAGAGCUUAGAUCUGCGGAAGUGUCUUCGACAACAGCAUUCCCCUGGACAGCAAAAAGCGGAUGUGGAUUGGGCCCAUUCUCCACCAGCUGGCAAAACAGUGUCCAAACAAGGACGACCAGAUCUUCGACUUCAACAUGGACGAGUUCCGGAAGGAGUUCACAGCUGCUGGCAGCCUUUUGGGGAUCAACAAUCUGCACCCGUAUCAGCUGA